AUGGAUGCCCACAAUAGACUACUUCACUCUGGAUUAGAAAGUACUGUCACUUCGUUACGACAGUUUUACUGGAUUCCAGCAAUCCGACAAAAUGUGAAAACAAUUAUUCACAAAUGUGUUACUUGCCGAAAGGUUACAGGAAGACCGUAUGCCACUCCGGACCCGCCGCCUCUACCUGCAGACAGACUAAGAGAUUCGCCGCCGUUUACUGUAACAGGCGUUGACUUUACUGGUGCAUUGAGCAUCACAACUAAAAAUGGAGUUGUAGGAAAAGCGUACAUUUGCCUAUUUACUUGUGCGAAUACAAGGGCCGUACACCUAGAAAUUAUAGAAGAUCUUACAGAAGAAACAUUUAUUUUAGCGUUUCGGCGAUUUAGUAGCAGGAAGUCGUUACCAAAAAUCAUGAUAUCAGAUAAUGGUACAACCUAUGUAGCCUCGGCAAAGAAAAUAGAGUUUCUGACCAAGUCACCGUCAUUAAAUGAACAAUUAAAUUCCUAUGGAACAAUAUGGAAGUUUAUACCGAAAAGUGCACCAUGGUACGGUGGUUGGUGGGAAAGGUUAAUAGGUUUGACAAAAAAUUGUAUAAAAAAAGUUUUAGGAAAGGCAUUUGUGAGUUUACGUGUACUUGAAACUAUCGUCACAGAAGUGGAAGCUAUUCUUAAUGAUCGUCCGUUGACGUACCUAUCAUCAGAUCCAACGGAUAAUGAACCAUUGACACCCUCACAUUUACUCUACGGAAGAAGAAAAAUGACUUUGCCGUACACCGGAACUUUAGAUGGAAACAUUGAAAAUUAA